CCCCGGGUGCUGCCGGCUUGCUCCUGCCCGGGGCCGCCCUGCUCUGCCCCGCCCCUGCCGGCCCGGGUGGCCCAGGCGCGGCGCGCUGCGACCCUCUGCUCCCCUGUGAACAUGGCGCUGCGAGCGGCGAGGAGCGUGCGAGUCGCCAUCCGCACCCUGCGCGUGGCCUCGGCGCCCGCCGCGCCCUGCCCUCCGCGGCCCUGGCGGCUGACGGUGGGCGCUCUCCGGACGCUGCACACGGGACCCGCUUUGCUCUCGGUGCGUAAAUUCACAGACAAACAUGAAUGGAUAACAACAGAAAAUGGUAUCGGAACAGUGGGAAUCAGCAAUUUUGCACAGGAAGCUUUGGGAGAUGUUGUUUACUGUAGUCUGCCUGAAGUUGGGACAAAAUUGAACAAAAAUGAUGAGUUUGGUGCUUUGGAAAGUGUGAAAGCUGCUAGUGAACUCUAUUCUCCUCUGUCAGGAGAAGUAACUGAAAUUAAUGAAGCUCUUGCAGAAAAUCCAGGACUUGUCAACAAAUCUUGUUAUGAAGACGGUUGGCUGAUCAAGAUGACACUGAGUAAACCUUCAGAACUAGAUGAACUAAUGAGUGAAGAAGCGUAUGAGAAAUAUGUAAAAUCCAUUGAGGAGUGAAAAUGGAACCACUAAACAAACUAGUAUUAACUUAAUCCAGCGUAGUUGUCUUAAAUUAAUGGUGGAUAGAAGACUUGAAAUAGCGACCUUUAGCAAUACUGAUGGAAAAAGAAACCAAACAAUGCUACUGGAAGAAAAUACUCCUUAACUUUCUAAUGAUUGCAGAUAAACACAAUAUUAUCUUUUUCUAAUACCCUAUAAUUUUUAGGUAUUUUACUAGGCUGUAGUAUUCAGAAUUCAUGAAAUUAUCUGUGGUAAAAACUAGUUAUAAAAAUUAUGUAGUUCAAGGCUAACACUGUUAUCUUAAGCUUUAUAUAAUGUUGUAACACACUUACAUCUAUCCCUGGAUUUGGGUCAAAAUACUUAAUGAUCUUUCCAUUGGAAAUAACUGGGAGUGGAGAAUAGUGUUUUGUUAGUUGUACAGUGUGAGAUGAAGAACAAUACUAUCUUAAUUUUUCAUUAUACUGCAUUUGCUGGAGCUAUUUUUAUACAGUGAAGCAACAGCUUUGCAGCAAAAUAAAUAAAAAUAUUCAACUUCUUAA